AAAGCUGCGAACUUCCCCAGGAAUUUAGUUAAUAAUUCAUCUCCAGUUUCAGAUUUCUUAUCUACAAGUGAGAGAUAGGGGUUGAAUGCUAACAUAACAGAGAAAGGACAAUUCAGUUGUACAGUUAGGAGUUUCAGACAUGCAUUGAAAUCAUCAUCCAGGAUUUAAGGCCAUUGAAUGUCCUUGUUUUAUGGCAAUUUGCCACACUGGCUGGGAAUGAUGGGAAUAGUAGACCAAAACAUCUGGAGGACGUCGGUUGGAGAAAACUCAAUUAACGAGGGAAGCCAUGUGGUUUGGAGACUGUGGCUUCCCCCCAGAGGAAAUUAGGCCACCGCCAGCCUGGACAUUCUUAAAGCAUUUGAUUUCAGAUAUCUAUCCAUUCUGAUUCAUGUGGGGAGAGAAUAAUGAAUGGAAACUCUUUUUGAACUGCAUCCUAUUAUCAGCAAUACCAACAGAACUGAAAAAUGCAAAAGGAAGUUGGUUUUCUCAGUUUGACAUGUCCUGUGCUGUAGACCACUGUGUUGAUAACCAAGAACAAUGAAUGGCCACGUUCCUCAACAAGAAGAUGCACAAGACAUUCCCUUACAACAAGUAGGUGAAGAAAGAAGUGGAGAUGACGUGCCUGAAUCAAAUGAGCUUCUUCAGCCUAACAUAUUUCAGCCUAAUAAGAAGAAAGCCCUCUUGAAGUCAUGCUCUGAGAUUGUGUUUUGGAAAUGCAGACUAUGGAUGCUUGUCACUUCUAUUUUCCUGUUGUUGAUAGCUGUGACUAUCAUAACUUUAUCUGUGAGUUCAGCGGUUUACAUUGACGAAGAUGAAUACUGGGAUCCUGAAUUAAUAGCAAGUGGCAAUCAUCACAACUUCUCAGGGAUAGUAAAAAUCCAUUGUGUGAAUCCUGAGCUGCUGCUUUCAGAAUCAACAUAUAAUUUACUUUCUGAAAAUCUCCACAAGAGGCUUCUGGAUGUGUACAGAGAUUCACCUGCUCUUGGGCGAUAUUUCAUCUCUGCUGAAGUCAUUUCCAUCAGUGAUGGAAAUAAUACGGCAGCCUAUCACUUGUGCUUCUCAGUGCCACAAGAUGAGACUAGAGAGUUUAUGAAGUACAGAAUGAACCAAAAUUUUGUAAUGAAUAUUUUGAGGCAAAAUAUUUAUGACCAGGAAGAACUGUAUGGUCUGGAUGUACCUGAAUGUAUAAAUCUGACACUUGAUCCAACAUCUCUUUCACUAACACAAAUACAGCCUAUUAAUACAGAAGGAUGAAUUGCAUAGAUGUCUGGAUUUCUUGCCUGAUCUCGGAAGAACUUUCAGAUACGUUGCCUACCAUUUCAUUUGUUCAACAAACAAAGUUCUGUACAACAUAUCCACUGUGUUCUUCUCCAUCUUAUACCAAUCAACAAUUCCAGGAAAAACGUGAGUGCAUCAGCCUUAUGGACAAGAUGGUGGAUCUAUGAAUAAGAACUUAAGUGCCAAUGUUUAGAAAUGAACACUCAAGAGAGCAGACUUUUCAAACUGCCCUUAGAUUACAACUGAUGGAAGGGGGGUUGUGUGUGGGGGGUAUGUGUUUUUAACAUUUGACAAAAUGCUAAAAGGACAAUGCUGGAAAAAAAGAGCAUUCCGGAAAACAGAUACAUAAAAAGUCCCAUUCAGCCUUGAGCUGGCUCUUGGUAGAAUGUUGGCAAAUGCCAUUCUUUUUUACUUUGGUUCUUCAGUACAAGGGUGUUUCCAGGAUUUUCACUAUGCUGCUAAACUGUGCGUAGUAAAAGAGAAGCAAAUAUGCAUUUCUUGGACAAUAAUCGUCUGCAGAAAGGCCUUCGGUGUCAAGUUUCAACCUGCUUCUUUGUGCCUGCUGCAGCUUUACCUUCCUUUCUGCGGUUGGAGAAAUGUGAUGACAGCAUAGUAGCUAUUUACAUUUACUUCUCAGCAGCUCACUCCUCCUCUGCCAUAACAAUCAGUUUGAACACACAUUGAGAAUCCAUCUGUUUAGUGAAUGCAUGAGCCAUCCUGUGUUGAUCUUAUGAGUUACAGAUUUUUUGGCCAAUUGUUAAACAUCUGUCUUGCUUUUGAUUGGAUGGAUCUCAAGGAAACUAUUGGCAAAGUAAAAUGCAGAAGGGUAUCCUCUUCCACGUAACCUUGGUAAGGGCAAGAACCAGUUAAACAAUAUCAGCAAAUUGACAGGAGGAAAAUAAACUCAUUUGAAAUAGGAUGCAGGAGCAGAGUUGUACAGAUACCAUGGGUUGCUAGAAAUACAAUUGAAUGGGUCUUACACCUAAUCAAACCUGAACUAUCACAAGAAGUGAAGACUACACUGAAACUGUUGUAUUUGGAUUAUAUAAUGAGACAACGUGAAAAGACAAUAAAGGUCAAGUGAAAGGCUGUAGGAAGAGAAGGAGAUUACAUUACCGGUGGACUGAAUCAAUAAAGGAAGCCAUGACCCUGAGUUUGCAAAACCUGAGUGGGGCAGUCAAUGACUUGAAGUCUUGGAGGCUUCCUAUUCAUUACCCAUUCAUACGGUUUCCAUAAGUCAAAGUUGACCUGUAACAAACCAAUUGUACAAAAUGUACAAUUAUUAGUUUCUGAAGCCAAAGACCUGUGUAUAAAUGCCUUUGCUGACUGUUGAAAGAUCAUCAGAGAUUGGCAAGAAGUAAUUUGAGAACCUAAGAGCAACUACCAAGGACACUCUCUCAAAUGGCCAUCAAAUGUGCUGCAUAUAAGGUAUGGUUUGUUGCACCACUUAGUGGUAAGGAGGCAAUAUUGUUUUGUUAGAAAAGUUAAAUCUGAGCAUGUUCAGAUCUGUGACUUUUCAAGCUAAACAAGUUCCCUAAGAACUGAGUAAAAAGAAACCAAGAGAUAAAUCCUGUAAUUUUUUUUACCUUACUAGAAUCGUAUAUUUCAUAUGUUGUUGAAAGAGAAAAAAGGGCCCCUCUCAAUAAUCUUAAAAUUUGGACAGGUUUCUGUAGGAGAAUGUAGUCUUUCAGAUAACCUGGUUCCAAGUAAUGUAGAACUCCAUAGGUUAUAAGCAGCCUAAGUGGAGCUAUGAGUGAGCUUUAGGUUGUGAAAUUUAAGGAGUUAUCUAAGGUGUUGAAGUCCAGUCCUCCAAACAAGUUUAGCACCUUGCAUAGCUGUUUUAAAGUUUGGACUAAAACUUGGAGUGGAUUCACCCCCUACUGACAUGUAGACCACCAGCCUCCACUGGUGAACUAGUAGCCAGUGAAACUGUUGUAACAUGGAAUCACAUGCUCUCUAUGACUGGCCCUGUUCAAAUGUCUGAUUCAGCUGAAAUUCUGGACACUCCAGUGACACCCAUGUGCAUAUUGCAUUACACUGGCUCGAACAGGGUUUAAAUAAGGCAUGUAACAACAUUGCCAAUGAUCACAGGGAGGGAAGCACCCAAAUUCUGUGUAUAAAUGGGAUUUAAACUCAGGUAAAUCAUACAAGAGCAGGAUUGUUUUCAGACGACAUUGCUUGAAUUAAGCAUUAACGCGAGAUUAACCCAUGCAAAAAGUGGCAAAAUCACCCCGUUUAUGCACAGGAUUUGGGUGCUUUGCCUCCUGUGUGAUAAACUCUAUACUCAUAUUUACAGGAACAGGGAUUUGUGGCACACUGACUUCAGCAGUGAACAAAUAUACUUGGACACAGUAGAAACAUAAGCACUCAGAGUCAAGUCUGAAUUGAACGCUAUAAUCAAAUUGCAAAACUGAGGAGUUUAUCGCACUGGCUUUUCCUGUCCUUUCCUCCUGAGUUAGGUGCGGGAUGAAAACUUUUAAACAUGAAUUAUUUUGCAUGCCUCCAUGCCCAGGCAGGAGGCAUCCUGUACCCAAUCAUGGCAUCACAUACCCAAUCCAGACUUCUGCAUUUUUUGAAAGAACAGGGUUUUUCCAUUCUUUGCAAGGUGCAGGAGGAGUCUGAAUUGGAUAUGGGGAUGGGGUGGGGGAGGGUCACCCCCUUCUGGCUAUUACCUGGUGCAGGCUGCACCCCCCCCCCCCCCGGGUUAAUACUGAAAAUAAGUAUAGGUAUACUUGGUGGGAGCUAGUAUUCUGCCAAAAUAAUAUAGGAUCACAUCCAUAGAGGCCUAUAUAAACUUUAAAAUGCAAUACUACAGUCCCUGAGAGGGCAUCCUAGGGAGCAUAGAACAGACUCCUUAUCUGCUGAGACCAGAGAAGUUAGCAUAACAGAGGGGGGAAAUUUGACCUUGACUGCUCUUUUCUUGUCUAGUACUGGUGGAAACCUACAUGAAGCAAAAAGGCUGAUAGCAUCCAAUAGAAGAGAUGUAGAGAAGAGACAAAGCUGAAUACCACACUACACUGUUAUAGUGCUAUUAUUCCUUUUUAACAGUUAUGGCUGCCUCCUGGGAUUUGCAGUUUAGGGAGGGGAACUUAGAAUUCUUAGCCAAAGAGCUCUGAGGCAGCACUAAAGUACAAACCUCUGAAUUCUAUGGAAGGAAAACAUAGCAGUUAAAGUGGAAUAUAUUGCUAUAACAGUCUUGUCUGAUGUAAGGACCACUACAAUAAGAUUAUUUUUGGAAAAUGCUAUGCAAUUGUGGUUGCUUUGUUUUCUAUCAUACCUAAAACACUUUUGGGAUUAUAGCACAAAAAGCUUGUCACACACUGCCAAGACAUUACCUCUGCCACUUUUGGCACACAGGAACACACAUGUGUACAGAUUAUCUCCCUUCUCCAAAUAUAGAUGAAAUAUAAAUGAAAACAGUCUUACAUUUAAAAAUACAAUUUUUGUCCUUUAGGGAGGGUUUUCUGAUCAGUUAGACCAGACUAAGUGCUAGCAAAUGAAAGCAAGCAGGAAGCAGCUAUCUAUCUGAUCUACCUGAAUUAAUGAAAAGAAAUUAUUUCCAAAUAGUCUGCCUUUGAGAGAACAAUGAAGAGGACUAACAUCAUGUGAUAAUCCCCAGCUAAAGGAGUGAUUAUCCUGCAUCAGUUAUGAUUUGCUGCCUUGUGUGAUAAAGUCCUUUCUCUAAGGGUGUUAAAAAGAUGAUUUUAUUCUUUCCAUUAGCCCAAGGCAUUUUGGGUAGUAACAUUUAAUGGCCUUGUUCAGGGGUUGAUAAAAUAUAGAAGAAAGAAAAGGGACAAUACAUAAACACAAAAAAUGGUAACAGGAGAAAAGUUACCAUGUAUAAUAUCAAUUUUGUGAACAUAUAUCUUGCAUCAAGAUGUAUGUGAAAUAUCUCAAUUUUAAAAAUGCAUGUUAACCCACAUUGAGACCAUGGAGAAACCCUACUACUGAUGAAUGUGUUUUGAGAGGAUUUUCCAGUAAAGGGGACCUCCUUCACGUCCAAACACUCAGCUUCAAGUAAAGGUUUUUCCUAAGGGGAAAACUGUGGGGAAUAGGGAGACAGUUUGAUUUCCCUUUCUUUACCCACUGCAUUCCCCAAAAUUGUCAGUUAUUACUCUCAAAACUCAUUUGAACCCUCCUUCCAUUUUUAAUAUGAUGAAGAAGUUUCUAUUACAAGCCUUUCCUUGUCAGACAUCUUUUGUUUCUGUCUGCUGAGUCUGUUUUUAUUUUAUGUUGUAUUUUAUGGAUUUUUUUAAAUAAAAAAAAAUGUACACAUGAGAUUGUGUUAUUGUAACAGCUUUAAACUGUACUGAGCAAUAUAUAUUCCUUCAAAAGUAAAGGGGAAUACAUUUCCACAAAAAUAAAUGAAACCAAUCUAA